AUGUCUAACCAAAAUGAAAGCUAUCCCACUCGACGCACUCCUGCUGAGAGAGAGAUGACAAACUCUCUUGCCAUCUUGCAUCGUGACAUGACUACUGUCAUGAAAGACGUUGCUGAUAUCAAAGCAAAAACUUCGAAUACUCCUGUGUCUGCUGUUUUGCAGAGUCAGCUGAUGGCUUUAGUGCAUGCUGUUGCUCCUGUGAGCAUGGAAAUGAAUGUAGCUGGUUCUCCCACCAUGGCUUCUGAUGCAAAAUCAGUCAACAAAACAAAAGCCUAUAGACUUCUUUGGGAGCAUUUGUGGGACCCUAAGUUCAAACCAAAACAUUUGGCUGAAAUUCAAGCCAACAAUGGCAAGCCAAGGUGGAACACGGUUGCCAACUUCAACCAGUCACCAAACACUGAGUUGACAGAAAACCUCGUUGCCUACUUGGAAAGAAAUUUUGUAGGAGCAGGACUGAGAAAAAGUGAUGUUCGUGACUUUGUCUACACGAACUUCACUAGCAGAAAGCGUGCAGCUAAUAAGUCUCAGGCUAAAAAGAAGUCAGACAAUGCUUGCAACAGAAGGAGUAGCCGCGAAAAGGAGCACUUGAAACGUCGCAAAACAGCGUACCAGUCUAACAAGACUGCUAUUGAUGACGAGAUGAAAAGAGAUUGCUCUGGUCUCAUUAUAGAAGAGGCUAUGUCUGUUGGUGAGUCAGACGAUGGCACUUCGCCUCAUGUUUUUUAUAGUGGGCUUCGUCUUCGUCGUCCAGAUUGGAGAAGUGAUGAGUACAACCACUUUAUCACACUUGUUGACAACAAAGUGGUAGCUGAUUUAGGCUUAAAUAGCCAUCAAUUGCUGUCACGUACUUUUGGCGAAACUGUUGAAGGACCAGUCCCUGAUGCAAUUGCAUCACAGUUUUCUCAGUGGGCUCUUAGAAAUGGGCCCUAA